CCAUACAGCAGCAGCAACAGCAGAAACCCGCUCAGACUGAACAUCCCCGGACAGAGAGCGGUACAGACAUCCAGCCUCUCCGUUAUUCGUCGACUCUUUUAUUUUGAUGGGUUAACCUGCGACGGGAAACAUGCCGAAGAUCAACUGAGACAAUCCAACCUGAAGGCACUUUGAGAUGGACUGACACCGUGGACUCUUCCUCUAACAUCGUGUUGCCGGUGGUCGCGUUAACUCCUCGUUUUCUUUGGCACAUUGUCAUCCCCUCUGAUGUGCAGCUGUGACCUGCGGACAGCCUCACCUGUGACCUGCGGACAGCCUCACCUGUGACCUGCGGACAGCCUCACCUGUGACCUGCGGACAGCCUCACCUGUGACCUGCGGACAGCCUCACCACGGAGCCUCACACACAUCUAGCUUCUCCUGAGAUGGCCCGUGCAGAGACCAUCGAGAGCGUUGGGGAAACCGGAGGAGGAGGAAACAGCCCUCUUCCUGGACACAGCACCUGCCGCAUGGAGCUGCCUCGGCCUUUCCACACCUGGCCAGGCCUGCUCACCACCGCCACCAUCACCACCACCGGCAGCGCUGGCGUGGGGGCCGGCAUGCUCCCGCACCAUUUGCGCCCUUUGCAGGCCCUCUACUUUUCCUACCCGCUGCCUUACCCCCAUCCCGAGGGCCAGGACGAGCCCCAGACUCACCAGCAGUUUCCUGCGUUAUCGCCAUCGCCAGCACCGACGCCUCCUCCUUCACCGCCGUGCAAUCACAGGGAGGAGAGAGGUGGAGGAGGAGCACCCUGUGCCUUCUCAGGAGAGCAGUCAGACUCGGAGAGAGGAGAGGAGCACUCCGAUGCCUCCAGCCGUCUGGGACCUUUGCCCGACCUGCUGCCACAGAACGAUCCACACCCCUCCAUGGCGCUCCGAGGAGAGGCGGCGCAGGAGCUGGAGAUCAGAAGAGUGGCUCACCAGCUGAGGAUGAUCGGAGAUGAGUACAACGCCACGGUGCUGCGCAGAGCGCACGCUGCCCCCCACUGGCAGGACUGGAGAGACGCCUGCAGAGGACUCUUCAACUUUAUCACGCAGACUCUCAGCACUCUCUACAGGCUCACGUAGAAAAGAGACGUCUCACUUUAAAAUCCAACAGUUACCAUGGCGACUGUUGAUUGUGAACAGAGCAGCUGGACGCUCCAUUGAAUUUGCAGGACUAGCUCGUCCUCAAAUCAAACUUGAACCGAUCAUUUUGGAGGAUGAGCUCAGCGGCUGAAAGUCAGGAGCGCCACCUGCUGGCUGGCCUCGGGGUGCAACCUGUGGAAACUGGACCCUUCAUUGUCCGUCACUCUGCAGUCUGCUGGUCCAGACUGCAUCCAGGCGGACGCUUUGUAUAUCUUGUAAAAUCAAAUCUUUCUCUGUCGAUGUUAACGCCUCGGGGGGGUUGUUCUCCUUUUGGAGCGGGCAUGGCUCAAGUGUUUUUGUGUGUGUGUGAAUGUGUGUGUGCAUGGCAGACCUGGGUCAAACUGAUGGUAUUUUUGGAACAUUUCAAUUCCAUCUUGAAAACAUUUCAAAGAAUUUAGGAUUUGGGAUGUCAGUACAGACGAGUCUGUUUGUAGGUGAAACUCUUAUCUUGGAGCUUUUCCCUUUUUUGUUUCGAUAUCAGUCUCACUUUUUUUUAAGGAGCAAAUUGAUUUCUGUCUGAUUCUUCUGUUUGUUUAUGUACAGUGUUUCUUUUGUAAAAUGGUUACAGACGUGAUUUGACCCUGGUCUGAUGUGUGUGUCUCCCUGUUGUGUCUUUAUUCUGCUUCCUGUCCCCCCCCC